UCUCAAGGAGGAUCAGAAGAAAUGGACAGCAUGUGUCAGUUUUGGUUUCUCCAGAAAGAUCUGUGCUAUCCCGGAAUGGCUCGCUUUGAAGACGAACUGUCUAGCCGCUAUGGAGGCAUGUGUCCCGUGGGCCCGGCCAGAGGGGCCAGCCGGCUGCCGGGGCCUCCGGGGGUCCAGAGGAUGUACAAGCAGACGAUGGCCCAGAGAGCCAGGACCAUGGCUAUUUACAACCCCAUUCCAGUCAAACACAGCUGCCUCUCCGUUAACCGCUCUCUGUUCAUCUUCAGCGAGGAUAAUAUCAUACGGAAAUAUGCCAAAAAGAUCACGGAAUGGCCUCCAUUUGAGUACAUGAUCCUGGCCACCAUUAUUGCCAACUGCAUUGUGCUGGCCUUGGAGCAACACCUACCGGCGUCAGACAAAACACCAAUGUCAGAGCGUUUGGACGACACAGAGCCCUAUUUUAUCGGAAUAUUUUGUUUUGAGGCUGGCAUCAAGAUCAUCGCCCUGGGCUUUGCCUUUCACAAAGGCACCUAUCUGCGUAAUGGCUGGAAUGUAAUGGACUUUGUGGUGGUCCUAACAGGGAUCUUGGCCACUGUGGGGGCGGAUUUUGAUCUAAGAACACUGAGGGCAGUGAGAGUACUGCGGCCGCUCAAACUGGUCUCUGGCAUUCCAAGUCUUCAGGUGGUAUUGAAGUCCAUUAUGAAAGCCAUGGUACCUCUGCUGCAGAUUGGCUUGCUGCUCUUCUUCGCCAUCCUCAUGUUUGCCAUCAUCGGCCUCGACUUCUACAUGGGCAAGUUCCAUCGCACCUGCUUCAGAAUAGACACAGACGAGCAAGCUGCAGAUUUCCCCUGUGGCCUGGAGGCUCCGGCAAGGACCUGUGCCAACGGCACUGCCUGCAGGGAGUACUGGAUCGGACCCAACUAUGGCAUCACCAAUUUUGACAACAUCCUCUUCGCUGUUCUCACUGUUUUCCAGUGCAUCACCAUGGAGGGAUGGGUGGACAUUCUCUAUAACGCCAAUGAUGCCUCAGGGAACACGUGGAACUGGCUUUACUUCAUCCCCCUCAUCAUCAUCGGUUCCUUCUUCAUGCUCAACCUGGUGUUAGGUGUGCUGUCAGGGGAGUUUGCCAAGGAGCGAGAGCGGGUGGAGAAGAGGCAAGAAUUCCUGAAGCUCCGCAGACAACAGCAAAUAGAGAGAGAGUUAACUGGGUACCUGGAGUGGAUCUGCAAAGCAGAGGAGGUGAUGCUGGCCGAGGAAGACAAGAACGCAGAGGAGAAAUCUUUGGAUGGAGCGUGGUACAAAAGGAAAAACAACAACUCUGUGCUGAAAAGGACCAAGAAGAGUAAGAAUGACCUCAUCAAUGCAGAGGAAGGCGAAGACCACUUCACUGACAUCUCAUCUGCUGCCCCCCCAGGGUCGCCGUUCACCCGGGCCAGCUUGAAGAGCAAGAACGAGAACUCGUCUUACUUCAGGAGGAAAGAGAAGAGAAUUCGCUUCACCAUCCGCCGUCUGGUCAAGUCCCAGAGCUUCUACUGGACUGUUUUGUGUCUGGUUGGCCUCAACACGUUGUGUGUAGCCAUAGUACACUAUGACCAGCCUGAAUGGCUCACCUUUGCAUUAUACCUGGCCGAGUUUGUAUUCCUGGGCCUGUUUCUGGCAGAGAUGUCCAUGAAAAUGUAUGGCCUCGGACCCCAGAACUACUUCCACUCCUCAUUCAACUGUUUUGACUUUGGUGUGAUUAUUGGCAGUAUUUUUGAGGUGAUCUGGGCUGCCAUCAAACCCGGGGCCUCAUUUGGGAUCAGUGUCCUGCGGGCUCUGAGACUGCUCAGGAUCUUCAAAGUCACCAAGUACUGGAACUCCUUGAGGAACCUGGUCGUAUCCCUUCUCAACUCCAUGAAGUCUAUUAUCAGCCUGUUGUUCCUCCUUUUCCUCUUCAUCGUGGUCUUUGCUCUGCUGGGCAUGCAGCUCUUUGGUGGCCAAUUUAAUUUUGAAGAUGAAACACCAACAACCAACUUUGACACAUUCCCAGCAGCGAUUCUCACUGUCUUCCAGAUACUAACUGGGGAGGACUGGAACGCAGUCAUGUACCAUGGGAUCGAAUCACAGGGGGGCGUUCACAGGGGGAUGUUCUCCUCCAUUUAUUUCAUUGUUCUCACUCUCUUUGGAAACUACACACUCCUCAACGUGUUCUUGGCCAUUGCUGUCGAUAACCUCGCAAAUGCCCAGGAGCUCACUAAGGAUGAAGAGGAGCAAGAGGUGGCCAUCAAUAAGAAGCUCGCACUCCAGAAGGCCAUGGAGGUAAAGGAGGUCAGCCCCAUGUCAGCCACUAACAUGUCCAUCACAGCUUUUCUAACACGCAGUCGAGGUAACGCGCACUCUAGCAGCUCAUCCAUCUGCAGCGUUAACUCACUCUCCUCUGUGAUCACACCUUCUGGUAGAGCUGCGAGUUAUGUCUGCACCCCAGUCCACUACCUGAGUAAGGAGCAGCAGAAGUCAAUGAAGACAAUGUCGGUGUGGGAGCAGAGGGCCAACCAGCUGAGGAGGCAGAACCAAGCGAGCUGCGAGGCCCUCUACAGUGAGCUGGAUCUUGAGGAGCGUCUUCGCCUGUCCUCUGCCCUGAACAUCCGGCCUGACAUGAAGACCCACCUCGACCGGCCGCUGGUUGUUGAGCCUCGCGACGGGCCUUUGCUGGCCGGCCAUCAACACCACCAUCACAAGCCCUCCAUGCCAGAGGAGGCAGAGACUGCCAAUGACCCUCCCCCUCCUGUGCCUCACCAGGCCCGUCGCCACCACCGCCACAGAGACAGGGACCGGGCCAGAACAAGAGAGGGGACGAAUGAUAACAGUGGCACCAGUAAGGACGGGGGCCACCAUGUCCAUCACAGCCGCUCCAAAGACCAUGACAGCAGCCGGGGCAAAGAGGGGAAGAGCGAGAGGUCCCGAAGCCAAGAAGGAGGCAGGAGACCUCACCAUCAGAGCUCAGUUGAUGACAGCGGAGGUGGAGGAGCCAUGAGCGAGAAAGAGCAUCGGCAUCAUCAUUCACACCGACAGUCCAGAGGGGGCAAUGGGACAGUGAACAGUGGCGGGAGGGGAGAGCGAAGAUCCCGCCACAAAAAUGGACGUUCGUCUAACAGGGAUGGGGAUAGGAAUUCCAGAGGAGACAGUGGUGCCAAUGGAGAGCGGAGGAGACAUCGGACUCAUGGAUCCAAGGGCCAAUCCACAGUUGAAGGAGAGGUGUCCAAUGAGAAAGAGAAGAGUCACAGGUUUGGCGACUCAGAGGGUGAGUUCCUCGCCAUCUCCCCCCAGCAGGGCUCUGAAGGGGGCAACUGUCCUCCUGACCGACGAGAGGACUCAGACAACCAGAGGAACAUCACAAGAACCGGCCAAACCUCCAUCCACAUUCCUCCUGUGACUAUCACUUCCCCACCUGGAGACACCACCCUCAUACAAAUUAACAGUAUUGACGGUGAGACAAUGCCCAUGAAUGAGAAGGCCCUGGCGGAUCGAGGUCAAAGUGGACCCAAACCCAUUCUGCCUUACAGUUCUAUGUUCAUCUUCGGACAGACUAAUCCGGUGAGGCGGUUAUGUCAUUACAUUGUGACUCUGCGUUAUUUUGAGAUGUCCAUCCUGGUUGUCAUUGCUAUGAGCAGUAUCGCUUUGGCAGCAGAGGACCCUGUCUGGACGAAUGCCCCUCGCAACAAUGUGCUCAAAUAUCUGGAUUAUGCCUUCACUGGCGUUUUCACUUUUGAAAUGGUGAUCAAGAUGGUGGACCUUGGCCUGUUGCUUCAUCCUGGAGCCUACUUCAGAGACCUGUGGAACAUUCUGGACUUCAUAGUGGUCAGUGGGGCGCUGGUGGCUUUUGCAUUUUCGAGCUUCAUGGGAUCGCAACAAGGUGUGACCAGGGGGACCAAAGGCAAAGACAUCAGCACUAUCAAGUCACUGAGGGUUCUCCGAGUGCUCAGGCCUCUCAAGACCAUCAAACGUCUGCCAAAACUCAAGGCGGUGUUCGACUGCGUGGUCAAUUCUUUGAAGAACGUGCUGAACAUCCUCAUUGUUUACAUCCUCUUCAUGUUCAUCUUUGCUGUCAUCGCAGUACAGCUCUUCAAGGGAAAAUUCUUCUACUGCACAGAUGAGUCCAAGGUCCUGCAGAAGGACUGCAAAGGACAAUUCCUCUACUACGACAGGGACGAGGUGGCCGCCAUGCCCAGAGAGUGGAAGAAAUAUGAGUUCCAUUACGACAAUGUGCUGUGGGCCUUCCUGACCCUUUUCACUGUCUCCACUGGGGAGGGCUGGCCAACUGUUUUGAAGCACUCUGUGGAUGCUACCUUUGAAGACACAGGUCCUAGUCCAGGCUACCGGAUAGAAAUGUCCAUCUUCUAUGUGGUCUACUUUGUGGUCUUCCCUUUCUUUUUUGUCAACAUCUUUGUGGCUCUGAUCAUCAUCACCUUCCAGGAGCAGGGAGACAAGGCAUUGUCUGAGUGCAGCUUGGAAAAGAAUGAGAGGGCUUGUAUUGACUUUGCCAUAAAUGCCAAACCUCUGACACGCUACAUGCCCCAGAACAUGCAGUCCUUCCAGUACAGGAUGUGGAAGUUUGUGGUCUCAGCUCCAUUUGAGUACUCCAUCAUGAUCAUGAUUGCUCUCAAUACUGUGGUACUCAUGAUGAAGUUUCAUGGAGCUCCAGACUUUUAUGAAACGAUGCUGAAGAACCUCAACAUAGUCUUCACCACUCUCUUCUCUCUGGAGUGCAUCCUCAAGAUCAUUGCUUUUGGUCCACUGAACUACUUGAAGGAUGCUUGGAACGUGUUUGACUUUGUCACAGUGUUGGGCAGCAUCACUGACAUCCUGGUGACUGAAAUCAAUACUACGGACAGGCUGCUGAACCUGAGUUUCCUGAGGCUGUUCAGAGCCGCUCGGCUCAUCAAGCUGCUGAGACAGGGCUACACCAUCCGCAUCCUGCUGUGGACCUUCGUCCAGUCCUUUAAGGCCCUGCCUUAUGUUUGCCUUCUGAUUGCUAUGCUGUUCUUCAUUUAUGCCAUCAUUGGGAUGCAGGUGUUUGGCAACAUUGAGAUGAAUGAAGACACAGCUAUCAAUCACCACAACAACUUCCGCACUUUCCUCCAAGCUCUCAUGCUGCUGUUCAGGAGUGCAACUGGUGAGGCCUGGCACGAGAUCAUGUUAUCAUGUUUGAGUCACCGAGCCUGUGACAAGCUAUCAGGGUCCGAUGGGGAAGAGUGCGGCAGUGAUUUCGCGUACUUCUACUUUGUCUCCUUUAUCUUCCUCUGCUCCUUCCUGAUGCUGAACCUGUUUGUGGCUGUCAUAAUGGAUAACUUUGAGUACCUAACCAGAGACUCCUCCAUCCUGGGGCCUCAUCACCUCGAUGAGUUCAUCCGGGUUUGGGCUGAGUACGACCCGGCUGCAUGCGCCUCGUCAAAAUGAACAUGCCCAUCGCUGAUGACAACAGCGUCCAUUUCACCUCCACUCUGAUGGCCCUGAUUCGCACUGCCCUGGGGAUCAAACUGG